AUGAUGAGCUAUAAUGCCUGGGAAACAAACCCUCCAAUUCCAAACACUGGCUACUGUGGAACUGUGACCAAAAACUCAGGCAAAAGCAAUGAGAAUAAACAGGCCUCUCCAGAGAACCUUUGUCCAACAGAUACAGUGACCUACUCCUAUUAUUGCUACUCCUUGCAUACGACACCAGCUUCAUGGAUGGAGGCAAACGGUCAUCAACCCAGUGGUGAUGGGUGGGAGUGGAGUAGCAAUGAUAAACUGAAUUUUAGUUCCUGGGAGAGAAUUCCUCUAAGUCCAUAUGAAGGUUAUUGCGGAGGCAUGACCAAAAACUCAGGUGAAAUCUUGGAAAAGGAAGAGGUCUCUGGCCCUCUCAACUGCCCCAUAGGCUCUGUGGCCUAUUAUUCCCAUUGUUAUGCCUUACUUAUGACACCAAUUGCUUGGAUGGAUGCAAGUAUGGACUGUCAGAAGCGUCACUUAGGACACCUAGUGUCUAUUCUCAGUAAAUCUGAAGCAUCCUUUGUGGGUGCUCUUAUCAGGAACAGCUUCAAUAACUUCUAUGAUGUCUGGAUUGGGCUUCAUGAUCCCACUGAGGGUCGUCAACUCAAUGGAGAUGGUUGGGAGUGGAGUAAUGGAGAUUUGAUGAAUUAUAGUGCCUGGGAGAAAGCCCCACUCUCUGACACAAACUUUGGUUUCUGCGGAAGUGUGACACAAAGCUCAGGUUUUCAGAAAUGGAAAGAUUAUAACUGUGAUUUAAAGUUACCUUAUAUCUGCAAGUUCAGAAAUUAG